AUGAACGACAAUGCAAACAGCCUAGUUUUAAUCAUUGACCAGGAUUUUCAAUUGUGGCAAAGUCAAGUUGCUUGUGCAAUUACUUUCCAUGAUAUGAGCAGACGGAAUAUGUCAACUGAUUGGGUAAUCUCAAUGCGAGUGCUUUACGAUACACAGCCUUACAUUCAUGCAAUCAAAUUUGGAAUAAACCACUGCACAUCACUAUUUGAGGCAAGCAGUGGUGAGAUUUGCAAAAAAAUGCCAAAAAUGUUAACAUUGAGCUCACAACCUCAAGACAAGAAUGAGCUGUUUGUGGAAUUCAUGACAAAGGUAGAUAAGCGAUUGCAUUGCAUAAAACAGGUGUUCAAAACAAAGUUGAUGGAGUUGAGCACAGUAAAACGGAUGGAUAAUUUAAUGAGAAGCCGAGGAUGA